AUAAGGAAUUAAAAAAACUGGCAAGUCCUGUAUUUGCCAAUCUCUUAUUCGCUUCUCAAAAAUUCAUUCGUGAGGUCGAGGAACCGUAUAGUGUCAGCUUGCGUGAUGUCAAGCGAGCUAUAACAUUAGUGAAAUUCUUUUAUAACUCUCUUGAUAAUCGUCCGAUUUUAAAAAAGGGGCAUAGAUAUCCACCAAAAUCUCAAUCUGGUAACAUAAAAACCAGAUCUUAUGUUUUAGCACUUAGUCUUUGCUAUCAUUCUCGAUUAUAUGAUCAAAUAUUACGUAAAAAAUAUCGAAUUGAAAUGGAAAAAAUAUUAAAUUUGAAAAAAGAUGCGUUUUCUAAAAUUAUCCGUGAUGAGCAAGAAGAUUACAUUAAUAGGAUGCAAUGUCCACCUAACUUAGCAAAGAAUGAAGCUUUAUUGGAGAAUGUUUUAGUUAUGAUUGCAUGCAUCUUAACCAAAAUUCCAUU